UCUAGUCCAACCCUGGCUCUUUGGACCCCGCUAGGCCUAGGUCAUCUUCUGGUCCCGAGAGCUGACUUUCUUGGCUGGCCGACGUGCGAGAUGCAAGCCGGGAAGCCUGUCCUCUAUUCCUAUUUCCGAAGCUCCUGUUCAUGGAGAGUUCGUAUCGCUCUGGCGUUAAAAGGCAUUGACUAUGAGACGGUACCCAUCAAUCUCGUAAAAGAUGGCGGGCAACAGUUCUCUGAGGAAUUUCAGACCCUGAAUCCCAUGAAGCAAGUGCCAGCCCUGAAGAUUGAUGGAAUCACCAUCAAUCAGUCACUGGCCAUCAUGGAGUACCUGGAAGAGACUCGGCCCAUCCCACGGCUCCUGCCUCAGGACGCACAGAAAAGGGCCAUCGUGCGCAUGAUUUCUGACCUCAUUGCUAGCGGCAUCCAGCCCCUUCAGAACCUGUCUGUCCUGAAGCAGUUGGGACAGGAGAACCAGAUGCCUUGGGCCCAAAAGGCUAUUACUUCCGGCUUUACUGCUCUGGAGAAGAUUCUGCAGAGCACGGCAGGGAAGUACUGUGUAGGAGAUGAGGUGUCCAUGGCCGACGUGUGCUUAGUGCCCCAAGUGGCAAAUGCUGAAAGGUUCAAGGUGGACGUCAGCCAGUACCCUACCAUCAGUCACAUCAACAAGGCACUGCUGGCCUUAGAUGCUUUCCAAGUGUCUCACCCCAGUCGACAGCCAGAUACACCUGCCGAGCUGAGGACUUAGCUCCCAAACCAUGCCCUGUUGAUACAGGGAAGGGAGUAGGGCUCAGAUGCUGGGUGUCUUAUUUAGGGUUUCUAUUGCUAUGAGGAGACACCAUGGCCACGGAAACUCUUAAAAAAGAAAACAUUUAAUUGGGGCUGGAUUAUAGUUCAGAGGUUUAGUCCAUUAUCAUAAUGGCAGAAAGCAUGGCAGCAUACAAGCAGACAUGGUGCCAGAGAGGUAGCUGAGAGUUCUACAUCUGGAUCCAAAGGCAGCAGGAAAAGUGUGACACUGGGCCUGGCUUGAAUACCUGAAACCUCAAAGCCUGCUCCCAGUGACACACCUCCUCCAACAAAGCCACACCUUCUAGUAGUGCCACUCCCUAUGAGCCUAUAGGGGUCAUUUUCUUUUUUUCUUUUUUUUUUUUUAUGAUUUUUUUUGAGACAGGGUUUCUUUGUGUAGCCUGGCUAUCCUGGACUCACUUUGUAGACCAGGCUGGCCUCAAACUCACAGAGAUCCACCUGCCUCUGCCUCCCCUAGUGCUGGGAUUACAGGCGUAUGCCACUGUGCCUGGCUAUGGGGACCAUUUUCAAUCAAGCCACCACACCAGGAAAAGCUAAAGAGGCCCAGAAAUGAGUGAGCUGUAGCGGAGGGCUUGAACUUUAGCUCUUUCCUCAGGAAGCAGCAAAGAUUCUUGGAAUCCAUAACAUUUCUUUGAGGCUGCCAGCAUUACAGUUUUCUCUAGAGAAAUGAAACCAGUAGGAUAUAUCUUCUCUUCAACUUCAUUCUGCCUUAAUCUUAUCAUUUGUCAUGUUAGGAGCUGGGGUGGACAGAGACAUGACCCGCUCUAAUGGCUAAUGAUGUCAACUUGAAAAAAAACUAGCAUAACCAGGGAGAAGGGCCUUUAGGAAUGUCUGUGGGGGUUCUAUCAAUAAUUAUAUCCAUGUGGGAAGACCCACCUAUCACCAACGGUACCAUUCCCUAGUCAGAGGAUCCUGGGGCCUAUAAGAGUAGAGAGAGCUGAGCACCAGCAUAUCUGCAUUUGUUCCUGACUGGAUACAGUGUGAUCAGCUGCUCUCGCUGAUGCCUUCACUUCCCUGCCAUGAAGGACUGUGACCCGAAACUAUGAACUAAAAUAAACCUUUCUCCUUUAA